CCCACUUAGCGCUCUCUCCUCGGGUUGGGUCAGCCGUCCUCAGCGGGUCUCUGUCGUCUCCUUCCCCCCUUAGGACGAUGUCUCCAUCAGAGCGGCUGGUGCUGGUGCUGGGAGGAGCCGGGACGGUGGGCUCCGGCAUUGUGAAGUCGCUCCUGGACAGAGGUUUCCACGUGGCCGUCAUUUCCAGGGACGGCGCACGGCUGGAGAAGCUGCGGAGCUUCGUCCCGGCCUCCGCCCUGCCGCACCUGCACACCGUGGUCGGGGACGUGGGCACCGAGGAUGGAGCAGAACAGGCCAAGGCAGAACUGUUGAAGGGAGGCAGGAAGGUCACAGAUGUGGUGUCCUCUCUGGGCCUCAGCUGGUGGCAAGGGGGCCCCCCCCACAUGCAGACCCUGCAGGAGCUGCAGAAGGUUCUCGAGACCCUCCUCCUGAGCACCUUCACCUCCUGGAAGGUCUUCUUCCCACUGGUCAAGGACAACCCUGAGGGCUCCUACACCUUCAUCACUGGGGGCGCGGGCGAACAUCUGCUCAUGCCGGGCACUGGCUUCCUGACCCUGGGGGCCGCGGGGGCGCUGGCCUUCUGCCAGGUGGUGCGGGAAGAGUACCCCAAGGUGCCCUGCAAGCUGAAUGAGGUGAAGAUCAACAUGGGGGUGUCCACUUCUGAGCGCCUGGCCCCUGGCUUUAUCAGUCACCUGGAGGUGGGAAAGGCCGUGGCCUCUCUGGUGGAGAAACGCAGCGUCUCCCACACCGUCCUGAAUGCCAACUCGCCCGCUGACCUUCAGACCCUGAUCUCCCAGGGGUGGCUCUAAGCAGCAGUUCUUUCCCCCCCACCUGCUCCUGCCCACUCCGAUCCCCGCUGCCUCCCUCCUCCCCAACCAGCUCCCUCCCUUCAGCUUCCAUUUCCAGGGAAUUGCAGGUAGCACCGGGCUCUUCACCUCAUGUCCUGCUCCCCAGGGCCGGAGCCACAUCCAGCUGGAAUUUGGGUUGGGCCCCACCUACCCCCCCUCCCCACACCUGCAGACAGGACCGGGGCAAGAGAUGAGUCCCAGGUGGCAUCACCAACAGGUAUUGAACACAGGUGUCCCCUCUCUCUGGGGAGGCACAGGGCCAGCUUAGAAACCAGAGGCCUAAGGUGGUCCGUGAGCAAGGGUGGGAAGCUUCAGGCUAUUACCUCCCCCAAGCCACCCAAAAGGUAGGAAUUAAUAAGCAGGGAUUUGAAGGUGGAGGCAAAGUUAAAAGGUCCCGCACUGCUCGAGUUGACUGUGUUGGGGAUGGUUGGUUAGGGUCUAGGAAUCCUGUCUUCCCCAACAGCCAGCUCUGAGCCAGCUGCCCCAGCUCUUCAGAGACUUAGCCUCCGUCUUUCAGGUUGGGGGCGGUCCGUCUUUCAGGUGGGUCGUCCUAAUCCCCGCCCUGGCAUCUCUGGCCAUCUGUCCACCAUCCCUAGAAGCAGUUGUUUGACUUGACCAGGUCAGAGAGCCCUUAGCACUUGAGGGGCAAAAGUCCCCAGCCUGGCCUGACUGGCUCGGGCCUAACCCUGGUCCGGCUCACCUCACUUUAGCCCCGGUCUGACCCGCCCUGGCCUAGCCCUAGUCUGACUUACCCCGGCCUAUCCCUGGUCUGACCCGCCUCAGCCUAACCCUGCUCUGAUGUGCCCCAGCAGAACCCUGAUCUAAUCUCCCCUGUACUGGCCCUGGUCCAACCCACCCUGGCCUGGCUCCGGCCCCAGCCCACGCCAGCCUGAACUGAAUCUCAAGACUGUGCUGUCUGAGUCUGGCUUCCCUGCCGUGGCCCACGGCUGAUCCAGUGGCUGCUAGGAUUUGUAGUCCCAGCUAUUCACGUGACCCACUGCCGUGCCCUGUGGGCUCCCCGAGCCCCCCGAGUCCUGAGAAGUUUUGGGGAGAGAGGCUCAGGCCUGACUCCAGCUGGGACUGUAGGGGCCGGCCCUGCCCGUCCCGGCUCCCGGUUCCAGUGUCUCUACUCCACGGAUCGCUACACCCAAGCUGGCCUGGAGCCAGAUUGGACCACUCCAAUGGCAGCCUUCCUGGCCCGGCUCCCGUCGCCUGCAGCUGGGGCCCUCAGCCUCUCCCCACAAGCUUGCUAAUCCUCCCCGCUGACCCCUUUGAGCCAUUGGCCUCACCUCUUUUGGGUGUUUUAAUAAACUUUGUACAAAAUUAAAA